AUGCAGUAUGAGUAUGAGCAAGCCAUCGACGUGUUUAGCGAUCAGAAUCCUGGAGAUAACAGUCUCUACGCUGCAGACACGAUCAAUUUUGAGUGUUAUGGCCCGCGCUGUAUGAUGUCUUUCUACACCCAGUCUGCAGUGGACUGGAUGGAUUCGAAAGUAAAGUCGCCAGAGUAUUCCAGCACUGUGAAACGUCUCAUGCUGGAAUCGGCUCGAAUGCUCAAAAUGAGCCGCGCUUAUUUUGAAGAGGGAAUAGACCUCGCUUGGGGCUUGGUCGACCGCACGCUGUUCGAAACUCGACUCCAUGCGCACUUUAGUGGCGUUAAUAUCCCGGUCGCAGACGACACAGGCUGGUACGCACUACGGAACAUCAUCUGGGCGCAUGGGUGUCAGAUUGUUCUUUCCAAAACUAGGACCUUCCAUGAGACGUUAGAGACCUCAUGGGCUCUUUUCCGAAAUGCACUUUCUGUGCAUACCGAAAUCGUACUUCUACAUCCUUCCUUGAUCGGUGUGCAGGCUCUCAUCUCAAUGGCGUACUUCAGUGAAGGCAUAGGUGAAUUAGCGUUGCAGUAUACAUUAUGUACGGACGCUCUACGACUUGCGUGCUCGAAAGGCUUCCACAGACAGCCCUCUCCCUCUUGGAAGAUUCCACCACACGAAGUCGAACAUAGGAACUGGACAUUCUGGUCCAUUUAUUGUCUGGAGAAACAGCUUUGCUCCCGAUCGGGUCGCCCAUCGAUGAUGGACGAUGAUGAAAUAGAUUGCCAUGUACCUCAAAAUGCUCUUAGCGGACGACCAAACGAUACUCUAUAUUGCAACACAUUGGUCAAAAUGAUGCAAUUGUCAUCUACCGUCAGAAAGCAGCUUGCGAGUGCGCGCGCCCUCAAACAGUCGACCCAGCAGCUGGUUCAAGCCAUUCGCGGUCUAAAGAACGAUCUCAAAGAACUCAAGUCAUCGGUCAAGCAGGAUAUUUGUCUUGACAGCGCAAUUGACGUUGCUCGACUACCAGGUGGUCUGACUUUACGCCAGGCACAAUCGCUUCAAUCUCAUUACUUCUGCCUGGUGCUUGAUAUUAACACCCCUUUGACCUAUCCUUGGCUAGGGAUCUACGCCUACCUAGCGGAUACCGAGGAGGCCGCCUCUGAAAUGGAUGCUUCGCAUGGCGAGGUGGCCCAGAUUUCGCGUUCUGCUAUCAUGGCCACCAGACAGAUCAACAUCCACGGCAGUUGCUCAGCUCUAGUCACACGAUAUGCACCGAUGUACAGUUUUGUCAAUCUCUUCCUUCACAUUUUACGGGAUUCUACUUUGUCUGCCGCUCCAUCAGAUUUAUUGCUCUUAGAGGUUGCACUAGGCUACUUCUCCAACCUCGAAUAUGUUACUAGUUUCCGGCUGCCACGUCUUUUUGUGAGAGAGAUGUGCCAUUAUGCCCAUCUUGCCAUAGAGCAUAAGGAUGGCAUCCAAGUGAAUAGUCUCGAGCAAACACCCAACCGGGAAAGCGAGGCAAAUGAAGCUCCUCAAGCUGCGGAUCUAAUCAUCGCUCCAGAGGACCUAAACUACCCGAGUUCUCAUCAUGCAUUCGAGCAUGAUUUCUCUGGAUUCCCUCUGGAUGAAGACCUUGAGACGUGGAAUACUCUUAUUCCGUUCGAGGAAGCCCCGGGCUCGAUUUUCUAA